CUCUACUUUACAUUUUAUGCCCUUUUUUAUUUUGUUUACAGUAUUCUCUCUCUCUCUACCACGACCCCUCUGCUUCUACUACUUCUUUACGUUCCUCCUCGCUUUCUCUCUCUGUCUUUCUUUCUUGUGACUCUCUCUAUUCUCUCUGUUUUCUAAGACUACAAGGAUUCGUUUUCUCUCAAUAAUCCCGAUACCCUCUUUCGUUCUCUCUAUUUCCGAGUGCUUUGUUUUAGAGAGAGAAAGGGUGGGUGGAUUAUAUAAGGAAAGGAAAGCCGCCGGAUAUGCUCCCGGAGGUGAAACUCUGUGUUGUCAACUGCAAUACCCAUUUUCGUUUCCUGGGAUAGUUGAGAGAGAGAGAGAGAUUGCGCUGCCAUUUACGCCGCCGCGAGCUUUUAUAGGGAAUAUAUAAAGCCUUUUGUUGUUUCCGGGAUUGAUGAUGUUAACGACGGAUGAUAUGCCCACCACGAAGAAGGGAGAUGGGGAGGAGGAGGAGGAGAGGGGGAAGGUUCUAGAUGUUUCUAGUCUUACUGCCGCGAGUACGGCGGCGAGUUCCGUUAUUAUUAUUCCUCGGAGCAAAUCUCAGGCGGCCUCCCGGAGAGUGACGCCGACUACUAGUGCCAUCACGGGGCCCACAGUAGCCGGGGAGGCCGUAGUGGAGAAGCACCUCCCCAACGGGGAUCUGUAUAUCGGGGACUUCUCCGGCAACGCGCCGCACGGAUCCGGGAAGUAUUUAUGGACGGACGGGUGCAUGUACGAGGGGGAGUGGAAGCGAGGGAAGGCCUCCGGGAAAGGGAAAUUUUCGUGGCCGUCGGGGGCGACUUUCCAGGGGGAAUUCAAGUCGGGUCGGAUGGAGGGGUCCGGCACCUUCAUAGGCUCCGACGGGGACAUGUACAAGGGCUCCUGGUCCGCGGAUCGGAAACACGGGUUCGGGCAGAAACACUACAGCAAUGGCGACUACUAUGAGGGGCAUUGGAAGAGGAAUUUGCAGGAGGGGCAAGGAAGGUAUAUGUGGAAAAAUGGGAACGAAUACGCCGGAGAAUGGAAAACCGGAAUGAUUCACGGCCGGGGGGUUUUAAUUUGGGCUAACGGAAACCGUUACGACGGGAAUUGGGAAAGUGGGGUCCCCAAAGGCCACGGCGUUUUCACUUGGCCGGACGGGAGCUGCUACAUUGGGUGCUGGAGCAAAGACAAUAAAACCAGUCAGGUCUUAAAUGGUACUUUUUACCCUGCUCAGAACACAAAGCCGAAGGACAAUCUCGACAUUAUUAAUUUCAAAGAAGAAGGAUUCGGCCCUAAGCUAGCCGCGCCAUUAAUGGCGGCGGAGAAUUUCGGGAAGAAGAGGACUUCAAUGGACGGCGGCCGGUUGACUAUGACUUCCACGACGGAGAGGAAUUUCCCGAGGAUUUGCAUAUGGGAGUCCGACGGCGACGCCGGCGAUAUAACCUGCGAUAUUAUUGACACCGCCGAGGCCUCCAUGAUUUACCGGGACGGGUCACCGAUGGACGGGUACGGAACCCGCCCGUUUAGAAGCAACCCGUGUUGCUUUAAUGGCGAUAUUAAGAAGCCGGGGCAAACCAUAUCCAAAGGCCACAAGAAUUAUGAUUUGAUGCUUAAUCUCCAGUUGGGCAUUAGGUAUUCUGUUGGAAAACAUGCUUCUAUAUUGAGAGACCUUAAAAUCAGUGAUUUUGAUCCCAAGGAGAAGUUCUGGACUAGGUUUCCUUCACAAGGCUCUAAACUCACCCCUCCCCACCAGACUGGGGAGUUUUGGUGGAAGGAUUAUUGCCCCUUGGUGUUUAGGCAUUUGAGGGAGAAAUUCCAGGUGGAUCCUGCUGAUUAUAUGCUGGCGAUUUGCGGGAAUGAUGCUCUAAGAGAGCUUUCAUCCCCCGGGAAGAGCGGAAGCUUCUUUUAUUUGACUCAGGACGAUAGAUUCAUGAUCAAAACUGUAAAAAAAUCUGAAGUCAAGGUGCUUCUUAGGAUGCUACAUAGUUACUAUCAGCAUAUUUGUCGAUACGAAAAUUCCCUUGUAACAAAGUUUUAUGGCGUCCAUUGUGUCAAACCAGUUGGGGGUGUGAAGACGCGGUUUAUUGUGAUGGGCAACUUGUUCUGCUCGGAAUACCGAAUUCACAGACGGUUUGACCUGAAAGGCUCCUCUCAUGGCCGCACAACAAGUAAACCCGAGGGAGAGAUUGAUGAAACCACGACUCUUAAAGACCUUGACCUCAAUUAUGUCUUUCGGCUCCAGCAAAAUUGGUACCAAGAACUAAUCAAACAAAUCGAACGAGACUGUGAGUUUUUGGAGUCAGAGAGAAUAAUGGAUUAUAGCCUUCUUGUUGGCAUCCACUUCCGUGAAGAUAAUGCUGGUGACAAAAUGGGUUUGUCACCAUUUCUAUUGCGGACAGGAAAGAGCGAUUCAUAUCAAAAUGAAAAGUAUAUGCGUGGCUGUAGAUUCCUCGAAGCAGAGCUGCAGAACAUGGACAUGAUUCUUGCUGGCCGGAAACCCAUGAUCCGCUUAGGCGCUAACAUGCCUGCUAGGGCAGAGCCGCUGGCUCGAAAGAGUGAUUUUGAUCAGUACUCCCCGGGUGGGUUUUAUAGUUUGCCACCUUCCUACAGUGGCGAAAUGAACGAGGUAAUCCUAUACUUUGGGAUCAUCGAUAUUCUCCAAGACUACGAUAUUACCAAGAAACUGGAGCAUGCAUACAAAUCCUUACAAGCUGAUCCAACCUCCAUCUCUGCGGUCGACCCAAAGCUGUACUCUAGAAGGUUUCGUGAUUUCAUCGGGAGAAUCUUCAUUGAAGACAGGUAACAUACGAACAAAGGUGAAAAGCCAAACUGAUGUACAACGGGAAAGAUUCUGAACUGAAUCUUGAAUCCACAAUACCAAAA